AUGGAGUUUGAGGUGGGUGAUAAGAUAUUUCUAAGAGUAGCAUCUAUGAAAGAAGUUCUGAGGUUUGGAAAGAGGGAAAAAUUAAGUCCACGUUUUAUUAGGCCUUUUGAGAUCUCGGAUCGAAUUGGCCCUGUGGCUUAUCGAUUAGCAUUGCCAUCAUUUUUCUCUGCAGUUUAUAAUGUUUUCCAUGUCUCCAUGUUAAGGAAGUAUAUAGUAGACCCGUCUCAUGUGGUACAUUAUGAGCCAUUUCAACUGAAUGAGAACUUGAGUUAUAAGGAGAAACCUAUCCAAAUCCUAGCUAGAGAAGUGAAAACUCUGCGUAAUCAUGGGACAACACUAGUAAAAGUUUUAUGGCAGAAUCAUCAGUUUGAGGAAGCAACUUGGGAAUGGGAGGAUGAGAUGAGGAUGCAGUACCCAUAG